AUGUCUCCAGCUACCAUUGUACCUGAGAAACCAGCCGUCCCCGAAUUGCCCGAGCUUUCCAGGCAAAGGCUUGAAGCGGCCGGCAUUGACCUUUCUCAAGCUUAUCCUGAACAUCCCAAGAAGGUUCUCUACCUCCAGGACGUUUACAAGCUCCGUGGCGAGGAUCGUGAGUACAUUGACCCUGCUUCCCGUGCCGACCCGGAAAAGAAGGCCCUUUUCUCUGCGGCGAAAGAAGUGAAAGAUGUGACCGUCCACAUUGGCACCGAAAUCACCGGCCUGCAGUUGAAAGAUCUUACCGACCAGCAGAGGGAUGAACUCGCCCUCUUGAUUGCGGAGGGAGGUGUUUUCUUUUUCCGGGACCAAGAUCUGAGCCCGCAGAAGCAGCUGGAACUGGGUGCCUACUUUGGAGAAGUCGAGGCGAACCUUCAAGACGCAUACGUCCCCGGCCUUCCCGGCACGACUGGUGUCUGGCCGGCUUUCACUGCUACUAUGCCCAUGUUCGACUACUACUUCCGGAACCCGUUUGGAACCCAGCGCUGGCACACUGACAUGGCUUACGAGCACCAGCCGCCGGGUUACACACACCUGCACAACGAUGCUGUUCCCGAUGUUGGAGGCGAUACGCCCUGGGCCAGUGGCUACGCAGCAUACGACAAACUCUCGCCCGCAUUCCGCGAGAUCAUUGACGGACGCGAGUGCGUGUACCGCUCAGCAUACAAGUUUCUUGACCGUGAAGACCCCGUAGGCGGACCUAAGCUCGUCGAGCGAACACGCCCCAUGGUCAGAGUGCACCCCGUGACAGGCUGGAAGUCACUGUACGUUAACCGCGCCAUGACGCUGCGCAUUGUCGGGGUUGACCAGGGCGAGAGUGAUGCUAUCCUGAACUACCUGUUCAGUGUUUACGAAAGCAACGUCGACAUCCAGUGUCGCUUCACGUGGACGCCGGGGACUUCGGCCAUUUGGGACAACCGAGUGACCAUGCACAGCGCGGCAUGGGAUUACGAAGGAAAGGGCAAGCGACACGGCACCCGAGUUUCCAGUCUUGCAGAGAGGCCGUUCUUUGACCCCAAGGCCACCAGCAGGCGCCGUGCUCUGGGAAUCGCCAGCCCCAAGGAGUACUAG